CGAAUUAUUCAUCUGCAAACACAAAUUGUUCAAAUGUUUGUUUAUAUUUUUCAGUUGUACUUAAUAUCAAAUAUGUGGCAUUUCAUCUAGUAGGAAUAUCCAAACAAAUCAUCUUGCCACACAAGUCUUUAACUUGGCAAAUCUUGAUGGCAAUGAUUUUACAUACCUGAUGGCAUUCGUAAUCUUUAAUACAAAUUUAUAAAUAUCAUUCAAGCCAUCUAUAACAAUCAGAUUUAAUAAAUGAGUAGUACAUCGCAUGUGAAUCGGACAUUACAUAUAAAUAACACGUAUGUAAUAAAUACAAAAGCUGAUCAUAUCGUGACGGGCUUCUCACUUCAAUAUAUACCAAGCCAUAACCAUCUCAUGAUUCUCAUCGAGAUAAUUCCUUGCGCUCAAUUUGGAGUAUCCUUCCUCUUCCACACACAAGUUAAAGGCGAAUUAAUAAUGGGGCAACAAAGACAUGAUCAUCUGCUCCCAUUUUUGUUUAUUAUGAUGAUGAUGAUGAUCUCUUUCAAUAAUAUUAUUUCAUGUUAUAGCAGCGCUUCGCAGGUACUACUGGAAGAUGAUCGUCGCCUGCUUGGUCCUUAUCAUGGUCCUGAUCAUCAUGAUCAUGAAUCUCAUCAUGGGUAUGAUUCUCAAGCAUAUCCUUCGUAUAACGUCAUGAGUACCAUUUUGAACGACGAGUUUAAGGAGGACUUGAUCGAGGAAAUAACUAAUGAUGUCCUGAGUUUGAAGAGGAUUGAUCAUAGGGUGGAUAGCAUUUCUUCGUCGGUUAAAACAGUUAUUAAUGUGAACGAUUUUGGAGCUCAAGAUGAAGAUGGUAAUCAUGACGACACAGAGGCAUUUAAGAAGGCUUGGAAGGUAGCGUGCUCAUCAUCUGAAGGAUUUGUUGCUCUGGUGGUGCCUUAUAAAAAAUAUGGUCUUAAGCCAAUCAGAUUCUCAGGUCCUUGCAAAUCUGUUCUUACUAUGCAGAUUUAUGGAACCAUAGAAGCAUCUGAGGAUCAAUCAGACUACAGCGACGAUCGCAGGCACUGGUUGGUGAUUGAGAGAGUUGAAAAUUUAAUAGUCGAAGGUGGUGGAACCAUCGAUGGCAAUGGGAAAAUAUGGUGGCAAAACUCAUGCAAAAUCAAUAAAACUCUGCCUUGCAAGCAUGCACCGACGGCAAUAACCUUCAACCAAUGCACAAAUUUGAUUGUGAGCAACCUGAAGAUCCAAAACGCCCAACAAAUUCAUGUUUCUUUUUCAAAAUGCAUGAAUGUUCUAGCUUCCUAUCUGAUUGUAACUUCUCCAGAGAAAAGCCCCAACACAGAUGGAAUUCAUGUUACACGUACUCAAAACAUCCUCAUAUCAAGCUGUGUUAUACGAACAGGUGAUGAUUGUAUUUCUAUUGUAAAUGGAUCCCAAAAUGUGCUAGCCACGGACAUAGCCUGUGGACCAGGUCAUGGAAUCAGUAUCGGCAGCUUGGGCUCAGGAAAUUCGGAAGCUCAUGUAUCAGGAAUAUUGGUGGAUCGAGCUCAGCUUUCUGGAACCACAAAUGGAGUGAGGAUCAAGACAUGGCAGGGAGGGUCAGGAAGUGCAAGCAACAUCAAAUUCCAGAACGUUGAAAUGGAUAAUGUGACUAACCCAAUAAUAAUAGACCAAAACUACUGUGACCAAGACAAAGCGUGCGAAGAACAGGACUCAGCUGUUCAAGUAGAAAAUGUGAUUUAUGAGAACAUUCAAGGGACAAGCGCUUCUGAUGUGGCCAUUAAAUUCGAUUGCAGUGAGAGCUUUCCAUGUCGGGGAGUUUUGUUGCAAAAUAUUAACUUGGAAGGUAGUGGAGGGAACGAAGCAGAAGCUCUGUGCCGUAACGUGGAAUGGGCUGACAUAGGCACUGUAUCCCCACGCUGCCCCGAAGAAAGCCAUUCAUGCACAAUAUGAUACUGAGUUGCCAUUUAUAAUAUAUAUUGUCAUUUUUCGUCUAAUAUUUUAAAAUUUUUAUCAUUUUAUUGACAAUAGCUACGUGACAUGUUGUUCGUGGCUACUAUUUAUGUAACUGGUAAUUUAUGA